AUGCAGGGUUUAUGGUCCCGAGCUGCUCCCUCGCAGUCGACCUGUCGCUGUGUCUCGUGUUUGAGCACGACUGCUACUGGCGUUACCUCGCGAUCAACCACCGCUGCCAGUAAACGACGCCUCCGAAUAGGCAAUUCCGUCACCGCAUUAUACACGAGCAUCUUCGCUGUUGCCGCUCUAGCCGAUGCUAAGGCCAAAACUCAACGUCGAAAUGACUGGGAAGAGAAGAUCGCGGCCGUUAAGGCGGAAGUGAACGAAUUGGUGGAUGAAGAGCAACGUUUGAUGAAGUCAUUACAAUCAAGGAGAAAUUCACGUGGAAUUUAUCGACUGCUGUACAAUGGGCGUUCAGGAAUCACUUCGAACUUACCUCCGAUGACACAGCGACGAACCAUGUCAAGCCAGCCAACAAGGUCCUUCCACACCGAUCGCCGGCUGAUCAAUGCUGCUAGUGCAGAGAUAGCGGAGAACUAUGAAGCAGAGGAGGAAAUCACAUAUGAUGAUGAUUGCCUGGUAGAUAUAGAAGAUAUGGAAGCAAGGCAUACGUUCUUCCCGAGUUGGGUCCUUCAAGAUCCCAUGCGAAUCAAAGCCAUCCAAAAGUUGGCCCUCAGACAAUUGGCAAUUCGAAUGUUGCUCCGACCGACUAUCGCCCAUCGUUAUUCUGGACUUCCAGUGAACUACACUCGAGAUUUCGAUGUUCCCCAAAUCAACGUGCCAAGUCUACUGGAAGAGCUCAACAAGCUUCGACGUCGGAUUACUGAACUUCGGACAUCCGAAACCUCACAAUAUGCAGACCUGGUUCAUGAGCUCACCACAUUGAGUCCACAAAGAGUCCAAGAAAAAUGUAAAAUCCUUGACGCGGAGCUCCAGCAAGAUCUCCGACUAUUCACGAGUCGGCAGAUGUCCUUAGAUGAAGCUCUCUUGCGAACUUCCGAGAAUCUCCUCAACUCAGUGGACCCGGACCGGACAAAUGCAUUCAGGAGUAUAAUCGUUGCCUUCAGCCAAGCUCGCCAGAAUGAUCUGACCGAACUGCUGCUACGAACAAUCUUACCACAUCGAUUCUAUUUGAGCACAUCCCUCAUAACAACGAUCAUGGUUUUCUUCCGCAAGUCGAAAAAUCUCAAAGAUUUUGACCUUUUCCUCCGCAUGCUCACUGGAGAAGGUUGGUCGGCAAACCUGGGUGCACUGGCGCCCUAUACCCACCGAAAGAUCAAUGGACUGGACGUGGUCGUCCCGCCAAUGGACAGCAAUAGCGUUCUCAUAUAUUCAGAGCUGAUUACUUGUGCAUUGCGAUUCAAUCAGCCGGAUCGAGCAGAUGCUUGGCUCCAAGCUGCGCGGCGUGUUGGCUUCUUUGACAACUUCAACACAUUGUUUUGUUAUAUCAAAUUCUACAGCAUCAGACAAGACUGGGAGAAAGGCUCCGCGGCUCUCAAACGAGCUGUCACCUACCUAGUUUCAUCGACCGGCCUUGAAAAACACCAUGUUGAGCGCCUUGUUGUGCUCAUGGCUCAUCUCUGUGAUUCUUGUGGUCGAAAAGACGUUUCGCAAGCUCUGAUAUCUGCUGCUAUGGACAGUGGAUUUGAUUCUUGCAUACCGUCAAUACAAGAAGAUGUUGAUCCUAUUAUUGACCCCAACUUUGUGCGAUGGGCCCAGGCUGCUCAAUCAGCGCCCAAGGAGAACGCCGGUCGUCCUUUGUGGCAGAAGUGUUCCGAAUUUGCAUACACCUUCGGUAAUUACUUGAACAGUCUGGAAACAUCACAUGAUGACACAAGGACUCAAAAGCUUGUCAGCCACGCUGCUUCCCAUGCGCAGAAUGCCAUGAUGGCCAGUCUUAGCGGUGAUCCAUCAACAUUAAAGGACAUCAAACCCAAGAGCGAUGCUAUGUCAUCAAGUUCACAGUCUGAAGUUGCUCAAUUGAAAGACGAAGUCGCUCAACUUCGUGAGCUCGUGUUUGAGCUCCGAAAACAUCAUAUCGAAGCUUCAUUCAGAACAGACAGCUCUUACGCUCCCUCCGAUUUCACAUAUGAAGAGCAUACUUCACAACAAUCCGAUACCCUUUCAUAUGCCCCAUCCCCGGCUUCCGAAACCCAGGGCCCUUCUCCCAUGCCCAGCAGCGUCGAAUUCCACAAAGUUGCCUCCAAAGCAGGCCGACCAAAGAAAUCACAGAAACGGUCCGUGGAAGAUAGGGAUCUUUUCACCCCUCGCCGUACAGCAAGCCAAGUAACAGCUUAA